GAUUUUAUACUGUGUUUGUAAUUUCUGAGGGUUUCCAGUUUCCACAGUUGAAUGAUGGAUUUUGAGGGUUUUGAUAAGCCAAAUUUUUCUGGUGAUGAUGGGAAUUUUAAGUUUCCAGUUUCAUGUGAAGAUGAGGAUGAUGUUCCUUUGUUACCAAAGUUUUCCCGGAUUUCGUGUUUGGGAGCAUGUAGUAGUAAACAUGAGGCUUCUGGUAUGAAGAAUACUACAGUUUCAGCUAAAAGGCUGUUAGAUAACAACAAUUACUUGCAUAGUUCUGUUAAGAAAUCGAAGGUGUCACCGUACGAUGAUCACAAAAAAAAUGAAGAUGAUAUUCCUUUGUCGGAUUUAAAUAAAAGGCCGGGCAAAUCAACUGAUAAUUGUGUGAAGGAUUUUGUAGUGAAGGAAGGGCAACUCUAUUUGAUGGAGGAAUUGAUUGAAGAGCGCAAGCAAGAGUUCAAGGCUAAAGAGAUAGAACUUAUUCAAGUCAAGGUUAACAUUUCAAAAGAAAUAGAACUCUGUCAAGUCAUUGAUAAGGACCGCGGAAGGAAGGAAGAGGAAGUCAAGGCUCUUUCCCAAAAAAUUGCUGAAUUUACUUUCGAGCUUAAGGCCAGAGAGAAAGACCUUGAUGCAAUGAACAAAUUAAUUGGCGAACAAGCAGAAAAAUUAGACCCUGAAAGGAAGAAUGUUGGUGCUCAAAAGAAGGCAUUUGAGUCAUUGAAGAAACAAUUUGAAGGUCGGAUUAAGGAAUUGAAACAGAAGCAAUGUGAAAAACAAGUGGCGGAGCUUGUGUCAAAGGAGAAGUACUAUGAAGGACGAUUAAAGGAGUUAGAAUCAAAGGAGGAGAAGCUUGAAGAACAAAUUGAGGUGUUUGAAUCAAAGAAGGAGGCACUUGAAGGUCGUAAGAAGGAGCUUGAAUCAAAAGAGAAGCAAGUUGAAAGACGGGAAAUGGAAAUUGAGUCAAAAGAGAGUCAACUUGUUGGCCGAAUGAAGGAGAUUGAAUCAAAAGAGAAAGAAUUUGAAGGCCAGGCAAACGAGCUGGUAUUGAAACAGAAACUUUUUGAAAGCCAAAUGAAGGAACUUGAGUCGAAAGAGAAGCGACUUGUAGGCCGAUUGGAAGAACAUGAAUCCAGUGUGAGGGAAUUUAAAACCCAAGUGGAGGAGCUGGAAUCUAGAAAGAAGAAUUUUGAAAGCCGAAUGAAGGAGCUUGAGUCAAAAGAGAAGCAACAUGAAGGCCGAAUGAAAGUGCUUGAAUCAAAAGAAAGAGAAUAUGAAGGCCAAUUGAAGGAGCUGGAAUCUAAAAAGUAUCAUUUUGAGAGCCAACUCAAGGAGGUAGAAUCAAAAGAUAACCAACUUGUCGGCCAAAUGAAGGAGCUUGAAUCAAAAGAGAGCAAAUUUGAAUGCCAAAUGAAGGAGGUGGAAUUGACAAAGAAGCAAUUUGAAAUCCGAAUGAAGGAGCUUGAGUCAAAAGAGAGAAAAUUUGAAGGCCAACUGAAGGAGCUGGAAUCUCAAACAAAACAUUUAGAAAGCAAGAGGGUGGAGUUCCAAUCAAAAUUGAGGCCAUUGCAAGGACAAAUUAAAGAACUUGAAUCCAAAAAGAAGCGACUUGAUGAACAAGCGAAGGAGCUAGAAUCAAAACAGAAGUUGUUUGAAAGCCAAGUGAAGGAGUUAGAGUCAAAAGAGAACCAACUUGUAGGCCAAAUGAAAGAGUUUGAAUCAAAAGAGAGUCAAUUUGAAGACCAAAUGAAGGAGCAGGUACUGAAACAAAAGCAUUUUGAAAGCCGAAUGAAAGAGCUUGAGUCAAAAGAGAAGCAACAUGAAGGCCGAGUGAAGGAGCAUGAAUCAAAAGCGAGAGACUUUGAAGGCCAAGUGAAGGAGCUGGAAUCUAAACAGAAGUAUUUUGAAAGCCAUAUGAAGGGGCUUGAUUCAAAAGAGGAGCAACAUGAAUUCCGAGUGAAGGAGCAUGCAUCCCAAGCGAGAGAAUUCAAAGGCCAGGUGAAGGAGCUAGAAUCUAAAAAGAAGCAUUUUGAAAGCCAAGUGGAGGAGCUCAAGUCAAAAGAGAGGCAAUUGAAAGGAGAAGUUAUGGAACUGGAGUCUAAAGAGAAGCAAUUUGAUGGUCGGGUGAAGGAGUUAGAAUCAAAAGAGAAUGAAUUUGAAGGCCGGGUGAAGGAGCUAGAAUCAGAAAAGAAGCAUUUCAACAGUCAAGCAAUGGAGCUCGAAUCAAAAGGAAAGCAGUUUGAAGGACAGAUAAAGGAGUUUCAGGCAAAAGAGGAGAAAUUUAAAGUGAAAGUUAAGGAGCUUGAAUCAAAGGAGCUGGAAGUCGAAUGUCAAGUUAAGGAGCUCGAAUCAAAAAAGAAGCUUUUUGAAAGCCAAGUUGAGGAUUUUAAAUUAAAAGAGAAGCAGUUGGAAGGACAACUGAGGGAGCCUGAGUCAAGGAAAAAAUAUAUUAACGAGGAAAAAGAAUCGGUUGCAUCUGAUCAAUUAAGUCGUAUAAUUGGCGGAACAAGUUUGCAGUUGGAUACAAGUAAGAAAAUUGAUGGAGUUGAGUCGCAUUACAAUGGUAGUUUAGUUAAUAUGCUAGACUCACCAGAUCCUCCAAGAGCUGUUUUGGAUAUGAUACAGAACCCCGUUAUUCCACUGUGUAAGAUGGGAGACAAUGUUGUGAUUAUUGAUGAUUGCCACAUCUUUCUGCUAGAACAACUGAUGAGAAUCUCACCAAAUAUUGAACCUUGUGUAAGAGAAGAAGCAUUGAAGCUAGCACUUGAUUUGAAAGCUUACAUGAAAGAAAAUACUGAAAAUUCUUUGGUUGUUCUGGGUUUUCUACUGCUUUUGUCGAUUUAUGGAUUGCUUGAUUCUUUCAAUGAAGAUGAAGUCUUGGAGCUUUUUGCAUUUGUUUCUCAAGACAAGAUAGCUAUUGAGCUGUUUGAGACCCUUGGUUUUACAAAUAAAGUUUCUGAUUUUGUUAAAAAUCUUAUCAUGAGGAAGCAAUUUGUUGCAGCUGUUAGAUUCAGUUGUGCAUAUAGCUUGGCUGACAAGAAUCAAUUAGUUGUUAUGUUGCGAGAACACGUCCAGAGUGCCAAACUAAUUUGUGACAACAGUUGUGAGAAAAUCAGCGCUAUAGAAAUCAAGGAUAAGGCCAAAGAUCAAGAAAUUGCUAGUCUGGGAACUGUUCUACAAUGCAUUUUGGAUUGCGACCUACAAUCUGAGGAUAUGCUGCUUGAUAAGGAUAUUAAAUAUCGCAUUCUUGAGCUAAAAUCAAGUAAAGGUAUUUAGAUUUUGUACCAUAACAACCUAUGUAAAGAAAUGUGGUAAUGGAAGCUUGCUAACAUGACUCUCUGUAUCUUACUCUAUGUAUAAAGUCUAAUUAUUAGGAAUGAAUGAAAACUCAUGAGAUAUGAUUAACAGGGUUAUCUUUAUUUCUUGUGUACCUUUUCUUUCUCAUGUUUUUAUGUCUUUAUUUUUUAGAGGUUUAAAUUAGUUAUUAUGUAGAAAUGUUUAGUUAUUUGGAGUACAUGCCAUAUGUUAUUGAAGUUUUUGAAUGUAUAAAAGCUUAAUUAAUUAUAUCACCAUUUUUUAAAAUGUAGUAGAUCUUUAUAACAAAA